GUUUUCCUAACGAAUUGUAUGUACCUCUACAUACGUGUGUUAAAAACGAGCUUAAGUAUCAUAUCCAGGCAUGCCAACUUACGAUAAGACGGGACUAGAUCCUAAUCCUGGCAACAUAAUUGGGUACGUCUUAAUCUACGCAGGGUCCGGACAGGCAUGGGUGCACCUACCUCAACGUACUACGUAGGGUAGGUAGGGCAUGUAAGAACUGUACAAGCCCCUCCAAAUGCCCCGCGCAGGGACUCGCCAAUUCUUGGCUGAAGCUCGAGGUUGCUUCAGCAGAAAAACCAUGAGAGAGUGGGGUUAAUCCGUAACUUCUAACUUUUCUGAAAAUGUUCAGACUUUAGAAAUACCUCAAGUAGGAUUUCUUUUCCUUCUUUUCCAUUCCUCAAACCCUUUUUUUAAGAAUCCUCUUCCUCUACUUCGCCCUUCCCUUUUCUUCUCCUUUUCCCUCUUCUGAUCUCCAAACCACCAAACCUGCUAUUCCCUUCAAUAGCUCUCUCUUGAUAGUCGUAUCAACCCAUCCUUCGCCACAUCAAAACAUCGUCCCACAUCUCGAUCCUGAUAAAUACUCGGACAAUGUCUACAUCCUCUCUCGAUCACCUCGCCCUGGGUGGCCGUGUUGAAUGGCUCGCGAGUCUUAACACGUCUUCCGCGCCCAACAAGAACGCUCAUCGACGAACCUCUAUCAUCUGCACCAUCGGUCCUAAGACCAACUCGGUCGAGAAGAUCAAUUCCUUGCGAGCAUCCGGUCUCAACAUCGUGCGCAUGAAUUUCAGCCAUGGAAGCUACGAAUAUCAUCAAUCUGUCAUCGACAACACUCGGGCCGCCGAAAAGGCCCAAAGCGGUCGCCAAGUUGCCAUUGCCCUUGACACCAAAGGCCCUGAGAUCCGUACAGGCGAUACCGAACGAGGCGAAGACAUCCCUAUCAAGUCCGGCCACAUCCUCAACAUUACCACCGACGAGAAAUACAAGACCUCGUGCAACUCGGAGCAUAUGUACGUCGACUAUGCGAACAUCACCAAGGUGAUCGAGAAGGGGAAGGUAAUUUAUGUUGACGACGGCGUGCUUGCCUUCGACGUGCUGGAUAUCAAGGAUGACAAGACGGUUCAAGUCCGUUGCCGUAACAAUGGAUUUAUUUCCUCUCGAAAGGGUGUCAACCUUCCCGAUACUGAUGUCGACCUUCCUGCUUUAUCCGAGAAGGACAAGAAAGAUCUAAGGUUCGGCGUUCAGAACAAUGUCGACAUGGUCUUUGCCAGUUUCAUUCGACGAGGUGAAGAUAUUCGUGCCAUCCGUGAGGUCCUAGGAGAAGACGGCAAACACAUCCAGAUCAUUGCCAAGAUCGAGAACAGACAAGGAUUGAACAACUUUGAUGAGAUCCUUAAAGAGACCGACGGUGUCAUGGUGGCUCGAGGAGAUCUAGGAAUCGAGAUCCCAGCCUACGAAGUAUUCGCCGCGCAAAAGAAAUUGAUUGCUAAGUGCAACAUCGCCGGCAAACCUGUGAUCUGCGCAACUCAGAUGUUGGAGAGCAUGAUCACCAACCCUCGCCCCACCAGGGCAGAGAUCAGCGAUGUUGGCAACGCUGUAACUGAUGGCGCAGACUGCGUCAUGCUUAGCGGAGAGACCGCCAAGGGAUCAUACCCGGAGCUGGCCGUCCGUGAGAUGAGCAACACAUGUCUUGCCGCAGAGAAUUCCAUCCCCUACGUCAGCCACUAUGAGGAGAUGGUCUCGCUGACAAAACGUCCUACGAGCGUUGUCGAGGCAUGUGCUAUGGCCGCAGUGCGAGCGUCGUUGGAUUUGAACGCCGGUGCCAUCAUCGUUCUAUCCACUUCCGGAGAUUCAGCCCGACUAUUAUCCAAAUACCGGCCGGUUUGCCCAAUUUUCAUGGUUACUCGUAACGCAUCCGCCUCGCGUUAUGCACACUUGUACCGUGGUGUUUAUCCCUUCUUAUUCAACGAGACUAAGCCGAACUACGACAAAGUCAAUUGGCAGGAAGACGUAGAUCGCCGUAUCAAGUGGGCUGUAGAAAGAGCAUUAGGGUUAGACCUUCUUAGCAAGACCGAUACUAUCGUUGUCGUACAAGGCUGGAGAGGUGGCAUGGGCAAUACAAACACGCAACGAAUCGUCAAAGCUGACCCUGAGCACCUUGGAUUAGGGAUGAUGCACUAGAGACAGAAUGUUGCCGACGCUCUUAAGGAGCUUAUCUGCGCUGUUAAAUUUUAAGAUGGCAAAAGAAUGAUAUACUUAUCAUUAGUAAACAGGUAGAUUGUUAAUAAGUUAAUGGUACGAUGAUAAGAAUUUUUCGCAA